AUGACUAUGAAAUGUUCGGGAAAUUUCAGACAGAUGAUGUACUUUGAACAGGAAGUACUGGUUUGGCACGUAUAUUUCUAUAAAAAAUAUUAAUGUGGUUAUGGAAUUUCAGCUGCGGAAUGCGUCCCUUUUCCUUUUUUUUUUUUUUGUUCUUUGUGUGUGUUUGUGCGUGUCCGUGAGGUAAGCGGAGGACCUCGCGCCGUGCCCCCGGCCGCCGCUGAUUGGUGCGCGCGUCGCCCCAGGAAUGUCUCCCAGCCGUUUAAAUAGCCCUCAGUCCGCCGUGGGGACAGUUGAGGUUCGGCUCCGCACUCAGUAUCGCGGGGGCAGAAAAGAACUUAAUUAUUUUUUAUAUAUAGUGAAAAAGCGACAAGACGGCCAGUUGGACUUUUUGAAACCUAGAAAUAAGAGGGCAAAGAAAACUUGAACUGUAAAGAUUACGGAUUUUCUUUUAAUUCACGUUAAUUUCGGAUUUACUUUUCCUACAGACCUUAGGUUCGAGAAGUUAAGUGUGAGAAUGAAGAUCCGAGUGGUUUUCCUUUUGUUGAUGCUUUGGGGCUGUGAAGGGAGCAGAGUCGCAGAGGGCGGAGAGGAUGACAGCGUGUUUGACCUGUUUGAGCUGCUCCGGGUCCACAGAAAGAACCAUGGAGUGACCCUUGUCAAAGGAUCAGAUCCCUACAGCCCAGCUUACAGGAUCUGGAACCCAGACCUGAUCCCUCCACUGCCCGUCACAUCCUUCAGGGACCUCAUCGACUCUAUCCAUAAAGAGAGGGGCUUCCUCCUCUUGGUCAACUUCAAACAGGCCAAGAAGACAAGAGGAAGCCUCCUGACCGUGGAGAAGGUGGACGGCUCUGGACCUGUGUUUGAGAUAAUUUCCAAUGGCAAGGCCAACACGCUGGAUGUGGUCUACUCCACAGAGAAGAACCAGCAGGUCCUCUCUAUUGAGGAGGCAGACCUGGCCACCGGACACUGGAGGAACAUCACUCUGUUUGUGCAGGAGGACCGUGUCCAGCUCUUUGUGGGCUGUGAGGAGGUCAACACAGCAGAGAUGGAUGUGACCAUCACGAACGUCCUCACACAGGAGGUGGCAGAUAUUGCUCGGCUGAGGGUUGGCAAGGGGGCCAUCAGUGACUGGUUCACGGGUGCCCUUCAGAAUGUGCGCUUUGUUUUUGGAACUACUUUGGACACAGUUUUGCGAAACAAAGGAUGCCAAAGCUCAACAUUCACUGAUACCAUCACCCUGGACAAUCCGGUAAAUGGAUCCAGCCCAGCCAUUAGGACAGAUUUCAUUGGUCACAAAACAAAAGAUCUGCAGGCUGUUUGUGGGUUUUCCUGCGAAGAUAUUGCUAUCAUGUUUAAGGAGCUCAAGGGACUUGGCGUGGUUGUGAAGCAGCUGUCAAACGAGCUCCGCAAAGUGACCGAAGACAACAAUCUGAUCAAGACCCAAAUCAAUAUCCAAAGCGGUGUGUGCAUCCACAAUGGCAUCGUUCACAAGAACAGGGAUGAAUGGACCGUGGACUACUGCACUAAGUGCACUUGCCAGAACUCCGCAACUGUGUGUCGUGAGAUUUCCUGCCCACUUAUGCCCUGUGCCAACGCUACCGUUCCUGAUGGGGAGUGCUGCCCGCGGUGUGGUACCCCGAUGGACCAUCCUGAGGAUGGCUGGUCCCCCUGGUCUGAAUGGACCCAUUGUUCUGUGUCCUGUGGAAGAGGCAUUCAGCAGCGUGGCCGCUCCUGUGAUCGCAUCAACAACAACUGUGAGGGCACCUCUGUGCAGACGCGGGACUGCUACCCACAGGAAUGCGACAAGCGCUUCAAACAGGAUGGUAGCUGGAGCCACUGGUCUCCUUGGUCCUCAUGCUCGGUUACCUGCGGAGAAGGAGUGAUCACCCGCAUCCGACUGUGUAAUUCUCCCACCCCCCAGAUGGGUGGCAAGGAGUGUGUAGGGGAAGGCAGGCAGACAAAGGGCUGCGAGAAGUCACCAUGCCCAAUCAAUGGCAACUGGGGACCUUGGUCUCUCUGGAGCACUUGCAGUGUUACCUGUGGAGGAGGUGUGCAGAGUCAUGAGCGUCUCUGUAAUGACCCCGCACCCAAAUACGGGGGCAAGGAAUGCCAAGGUGAUGCCAAAGCGACACAGAUAUGUAACAAGCAGGACUGCCCCAUUGAUGGGUGUCUGUCAAAUCCCUGCUUUGCUGGGACCAAGUGCACCAGCUUUCCCGAUGGCUCCUGGAAGUGUGGCAGGUGUCCUGCUGGUUACAGUGGUAAUGGAAUCAAAUGCAAGGAUAUUGAUGAGUGUAAGGAAGUUCCUGAUGCUUGCUUUGUGUUCAACGGAGUCCACCGCUGUGAAAACACAGAGCCUGGGUAUAACUGCCUCCCAUGCCCUGCUCGAUAUGCAGGACCCCAGCCCUUUGGCAGGGGGGUGGAGGAUGCCACAGCUAAAAAACAGGUUUGCGAACCGCGAAAUCCCUGCGUGGAUGGAAGCCACGACUGCAACAAGAACGCUCGAUGUAUCUACCUGGGCCACUUCUCAGAAACCAUGUUCCGUUGUGAGUGCAAGCCUGGCUACGCUGGGAAUGGACACAUUUGUGGAGAGGACACUGACCUGGACGGCUGGCCUAACAGUGACCUUGUGUGUGUUGAAAAUGCCACUUAUCACUGCAAGAAGGACAACUGCCCUAAUCUUCCAAACUCUGGACAAGAAGACUAUGACAAGGAUGGAAUUGGUGAUGCUUGUGAUAAUGAUGAUGACAAUGAUGGCAUCCCUGAUGACAGGGACAACUGCCAGUUCGUGUACAACCCCAGGCAGUAUGACUAUGACCGAGAUGAUGUCGGAGAUCGCUGUGACAACUGCCCGUACAACAGCAACCCUGACCAGGUUGACACAGACAACAAUGGGGAGGGCGACGCUUGCGCUAUAGACAUUGAUGGAGAUGGCAUUCUGAAUGAGAAGGACAACUGCCCCUAUGUGUACAAUGUUGACCAGAGAGACACUGACCUGGAUGGGGUUGGAGACCAGUGUGAUAACUGCCCACUUGAACAUAAUCCAGACCAGGUUGAUUCAGACUCAGACCGUGUUGGAGAUAAGUGCGACAGUAACCAGGACAUCGAUGAAGAUGGUCAUCAGAACAAUUUGGACAACUGCCCAUACAUUCCCAAUGCCAACCAGGCCGACCAUGACAAGGAUGGCAAGGGAGAUGCUUGUGACCAUGAUGAUGACAAUGACGGCAUUCCUGAUGACAAAGACAACUGCAGGCUAGCAUACAACCCUGAUCAGCUGGACUCUGACGGUGACGGCCGUGGUGACAUUUGCAAAGAUGAUUUUGACCAAGACAAGGUGCUUGACAUCUACGAUGUGUGCCCUGAAAAUGUUGCCAUCAGCGAAACUGACUUCCGUAGGUUUCAGAUGGUGCCCCUGGACCCCAAGGGCACAUCUCAAAUUGAUCCCAAUUGGGUGGUGCGCCAUCAAGGGAAAGAACUGGUGCAGACUGUCAACUGUGAUCCUGGCAUUGCUGUUGGUUUUGAUGAGUUCAACGCUGUGGACUUCAGUGGCACCUUUUUUAUUAACACUGAUCGAGAUGAUGACUAUGCGGGAUUUGUGUUCGGCUACCAGUCCAGCUCUCGCUUUUAUGUAGUAAUGUGGAAGCAGAUCACACAGACCUACUGGUCCAGCAUUCCCACCAAAGCUCAAGGAUAUUCAGGGCUGUCCAUCAAGGUUGUUAACUCGACCACUGGCCCAGGCGAACACCUAAGGAAUGCUCUUUGGCACACAGGGGACACCCCUGGACAGGUGUAUACCCUCUGGCAUGACCCAAAGACUGUUGGCUGGAAAGAUUUCACUGCCUACAGAUGGCACCUGACCCACAGGCCAAGAACAGGACACAUCAGAGUUGUCAUGUAUGAAGGCAAGAAGAUCAUGGCCGACUCUGGAAGCAUCUACGACAAGACAUAUGCAGGAGGAAGACUAGGUCUCUUCGUUUUCUCUCAAGAGAUGGUGUACUUCUCUGACCUCAAAUAUGAAUGCAGGGACACAUAAUUGCACCAACAAGAGGCUUUCUGAAGAAUGUACCUUUCUACAUGAAUAUAAGUUUUUAUAUUAAGUCCUGGGACCAUAUCCUUGAUAUUCUUUUUUUUCUGCAACAUGCAUAUUGGUGGAAUGAGAGCAUGUUAUCAGCUUCGAGGUAAUUUGACGUUGGGACAGAAACCAGCUGACUGCCAUUUGAAGAUUAGACCCCUCCACCAAAGGCAGGUAGAGCAGAAACAGCAUUGCUUCUUUCAGUGGGGAGAGCCCCCCCCCCCCCACCCUACUCUCUAGAGGCUUCUUCUCUUUGCUCUGCUUCAAGUGGGAGGGACUUCCCACAGAUACUUAUGCACUUCUGAAUCUGCUUCUCUCCCCGGAUGGAGGUCCCAUGAAAAGACUUGAGUAUUGAUAACCUCAGAUCUGCUGUGGACUAAAUUCUGAAAAGGACAAACUUAUUUUGAGGAUGAAGAAAUCUAUAAGACUAAUUUCAUAUUUUUCUGGAGACGGGUCAGAGACCCUUUGGAGAUGAUUGUUGAGGGACGAAACUUGGAAUGACUGUUACAUUGGGAAAGUGUUUUGAGCAUGUGUGAUGGUUGUGCAUUUUCCAAGAAGAGCCAACUUACUUUAUUUUCCAAAAAUAUUUCUUUACAAAACUUUAGCUGAAGAACGUGCUAUCUUUUUUCACAAAGCUGUAAUGUAUCACCUUUCCUUUUACACAUCCCCAGAUUGAUUCUAUAGUGGAUAAGUCCUUGUACAAAAAAAAAAGAAAAAAAAAACAUAAAAAGCUCUUGGAAGAUUGAGUCAAAUGGAUUUUGUUUAUAAAAAACGGGCAUUAGGAAGCCUAAACCUAGUUUCCUCAGGGUGUGAUAUGAUUUCCUGAGUAGUGUGUCAAGACAGUGCAGCGAUGAUAAUGGAUGGACCCACAAAACAAAGUCAUGGCUGGAAGAGCCACCUGAAUAGCAUAUCCAUCUCAGUCCUAGUGUUACUGUUGUUAAUGAACACUAGACUGGGACCUAUCCAUCUAAGACUGCCUACCUCUGCAAAGGGUCCUAGUGGAGUGGCAGGAAAAACAGAACACGUAGUGAACACACUUAGAGAAGCCACAAGUGGAGGAAAAUAUUUAUAAACAAAUUAGAUAUUUAUUGUUUUGUGUUGCUAAGAAACAGGCAGGGACAAAGGAACACAUGGAGCAAACUAUCACAGCAGGCCUCCUUCCAGUGUCAGACUAUGGUUUUUUUUGGAUUGUAAAUACGUCCAUAUUUAUUAAGUGUUUAGUCCAUGUUUCCUUAUAGGGUAGCACAAUGUGGAACCGUGAUGUUUCCAGUUGUCUUAGUCUGCUAUUCAAGGUUUAAGAACAAUGAGAUUCCCCGACCCCCCCCCCCC